AUCCCGGUGGGAUUAACUGGACUGAGUUUCCACAUACUGCACAUGCUAUGGAUCUACUUUGAUCACAGUAAGGAAAAAAAGUGAUAAUAGAUUUUUUUUAAAAGAAUUGCUGCACAGGAGUGUUCCGUUUCUUUUAUAUGGCAGAGUUUGAUCUUGAUAAAAACCUUUUAAAACAUCUUUUCCCCCACACUAGGGUAAAGAUAUAUCUAUUUUUGCAUUUCUUUAAGAAAAGAAAAUGGGGAUUGCUUACACAAGGAAAGAAAAUUUUAUUCUCCAAUACCCCCUCCCAUUCUACUAAACCAUUUUAGUCGACAUAUGUUUGUUAUCAGAGAGAGGUGCUGUGAACACACAGCCAUUUUCUUAGCAGCUUUUUGACUGUAUGUUACCAUAGUCCCACAAGGCAUUGGUCCUUUCCCAUUGGGAAGUCAUGAAUAAGAGACUAUGAAGCUUGCACGUCAGAUCUUCCUCAAUUAAUCCACCAUUAGCAUGUUUGGGAUCCACUACUGGAUGGUUAACAGCAGCUUUUGUAACUGUACGCCGACCAUAUCCAAUUAUGCUCUGCUAAAAAUGAACUCUUUGCAGACCAACCCUCUCGGCUGUCAGUAUUUUCCGUUUUUCUAUUUUAACGUUUGUGUAUAGUGGCAGGCGACAGAUGGUGUAGAUCAGAUCGAUUUGAUUGCAUUAGAUGAUUUUUCCCUUCCCCACUCCUUUCUGGAAGCUCGCAUCAGCUGAAGGCUAUCGCCUGGGACUCCUCGGAAGCGUGAGCAAGCCGCCACGCGAAGGCACUGGGGCACAGCCAGCGCGAGGCGCCGAGGUCCCUUCCCAGGGCUUGUUAACACUGUAACCCAGCACUCGGAGAGAAGCAGAAGCUCCCACUGCCCAGAGCCUACCUCACCGCACAUCAGAUGACUCCCUGGCUUCUACACACAGUUGGAGUUCCGCUUGAAACCUGGAUUUAGAGGGGUUCUCUGGCUGCCAUGGCACUCAAUCAAACCACCUAGAAUGGACUGGCCGAGACCAGACUGGGUACCAAGCAGAGAAGUGCAGAGGAAGGCACUGGGAGAGCACCAGAACUGGAAAUAGAGCGGCCAUUUGGAUUUGGGCAGGAAGCAGCCGAGCACAGCUUUGGAUCCUUCUUUAGGGAAAUCGAGUUAUGGAUUUAUGGUCCCGGUCAAGCUCAGCCCAUCCCCAGCCAGGGGCGGGCUCAGCGAGCAGCAAGAGUUCUGGUGGUGGCGUCGGCGGCAGUAGCAGCGGCAGCGGUAGCAGCGGCAGCGGCAGCCUGGUCCUCUGACUCUCUUCGGUGACGGGUAUUCUUGGGUGGAUAAUACGGAUUACGUUGUUAUUGCUUAAGAAUACGCGUAGUCGAGGAGAGUACCAGCGGCAGGGGGGCAGCGGCCGCCCUCCCCAGCCCACCAGCUGGCCACUAAACGCCCGUGGUUGCCAAGGUAGCACUUUCUUGUUCUUUUCCUUUCCUCGGGUGUUUUCGCACUGGUUCCACCAGAAAGGCUGUGCGCCGCGCCUCCGGUGACCAGGACUGUAAAAUGGGUUCGCGCAGGGGGCGGGGGGGGGGGGCAAGGGGCAGGAGAUGGGCGGGGAGAGGAAGUGGGUCCUGCGGGGCCAUUCCGCGUUCCCCGCCCGCUCCUCUCCUCUCCACGGUGGGGUGCGGCUGGGGGGAGAGAGGCGGACGGGGCGAUUCUCUGAAGUUGGGAAUGACUGAAAGGCCUUGAGCAGUUUGGGAGCGUCACGACUGAGGCGCCGAAGCUGGGGAGAGGGUCGCCGGGGGCGGCCUCCGCAGAAAGGGCGUGUCCGUGGGCGAAGGUGCCCCCGCAAGCCUGCGGAAGCGCGUGACUUCGCGAAUCCCGGGCCCAGGGCGGUGCCAGAGCCCCACCCCCGGCCGGCCGCGCCGCUUCGCAGUCGGAUUUGGCGGCCAAGCUGGGGAAGGGGCGGGGGCCCGGGGGCUGGGUCCCCGCGGAACUUCCAGAUAGGAAGUGUGGCGGGUCUCUCAGGAACGCAUAUUUUCUUUUCCGAUUCUCCGAGAAGGGGAGGAGAAACAGGAUGGGAACCGGAUUGGCUGCAGUGUGGCACAGACCUGGAACCUUCUUGAAAGAGGUUGGGGCAGGCAGUGACUGUUCAGACGUCCAGUCUCUUUGGGGCACCUCUUCAGCGCUGUCUUCCCUGCCUCUGCCUUUAGGACGAGUCUCAAACACCAACAACUCAAGCACGUCCCCCUCUCAGGUCAGCUGCGAAGGGACGGGAGCAAGAGAGAGCCUCCCCCUCCUUCUACUUCCAGUUUCUGUUUGUUUGUUUCAAAUAUUAAUGGACGAUGAAACAGCACGGAUUUUUCACCUCCUAGAGAAGAAAAAGCCAUGGCCACCAAUCCCCUCAAACAUGCACUCCUGGGGACAACCUGGGGACUCCUGGGGACAAUCGCACUUGGCAGAAGUUGGCAUGUCCAAGAGGGCUGGAAGGAUGACCCAGAGUGGAAGGCGCGGGCCAGGGCUCCAGGUCUCAGCUCCCGGCGUCGGACCACACAGCUUUGCCACCUUUGCACCUGGCCUUUCCCUCUUGUGAGCCAUUUGGGACCGUCCCAUAGAGGCGCUUCAAAGAUGGGAGGACUGAGUACUGGGGACUAGAACGUACCGGGCACCCAGAAGAUUCUACUAGUGCGGCCAUACACUAAGCAGGUUUCCUCCCUGCGUGGUGAUCGUUGGUUAUGCACGGGCUGCGCAAGAAGACUGAAUUCUUGUUAAGUGAAAACUACAGGAGAAAAAUCAAAUAAACUUAGAGUCCUGAGAAGCUCUCCCUCUCGUCGCUGUGGGACCGCUCUAAGCUGAGUUGCAACUCUGACACCUUCUCCCCCUGGAGGACAGGCCUUUCCCAGUCACGAAGUGAAUGUGCCCCUCUGGGCUCUUGCCCACAGGAACAGUCUGAACCCUGGAGAGACUGACAACGAGGUGACUUCAAGGAGGCAGAACACUCUCAUGCUUCCCCAUCUAGGGUUUCGCCUUUCUUCUAAUAUUUAGGAUUCCCAGUGAAGGGUACUCCACAUACACCCUCUCCCUACCCCUAAUCCCCCUCCAUUGUGUCUGAUCCCACAAUUUCUCCCAGGAUAUCUCUACUCAGAGCUUUUGCGCUCAGUGAACGUUGUUGUCUGCAGGGAAAACGGGUGGAGCCCUUCUCAGAAGCUCCCGGGGGCGAGUCCAUUUUAAGAAUGAGUUGAAGUAGGAAAGAAAACACAGAUGCUGUCUUCGCAUUCGACAUUCUAUCAUCAGCAAGAGAAUACGUAACUCCUGUUCUUUCCUUCAUUGUUCCAUGAAUUACCUUCUUUCUCUAGGGAUCCACCAGUUGGUGAUUUGGGGCUUUUAAAUAUUGUGCUUGUUUUGUGUUUGACAAAAUGCACUAUGUCUACUGGUGGCAUUGUUUCAUUGGGAAAUUAGAAAAGUAGAGAGAAGCUACAUACUCUAGUUCCUAGAUGGUCUCUGGAAAGUUGGCCUCAUGCUGGUUGGCUAAAUAGUAAGUGUUUAGGAUUUGAAAGGAGGAAAGAGAGUUGAAGGCCUGGUGACAGCCUGUGAGAAGCAGAAGAUGUAGUAAUCUGGCAUUUUUUGAGGGGAUGAGGAAGAACUUUUGAAAUAUAAGCUAUUCUAUUCAGUUUUGUGCAAAUUUAUUGCAGUUGCUUCAUGGAAGCAGAAUAAUAAUGUUUAGAAUAGAAUAACUGCAAAUAAAUGCUAGUGAUGAAAUCUAAAGGAAACCUCUACUCAUAGUUAACAGAAAGUAUUUUGAUUGUUUUUGUUUAAAUACUUACCUCAUUGCUUUCUUUCCUUUGCAGAAUUAUUUUCCUAUGAAAGUUUCCAUUAGGUGUCAGUCUGACUGAACUGGUUCUUAUUUAAGUUUUGGGGGGAAAAUGUUCCAUCAUCAGACCUUUUAAGAUAAGAAUGUGGGAAAAAUUAAAACUUUAUUAAAUUGAAAUUACUGAAGUUAAUUUUUCUUGUUACAAGGCAGCUUCUUUUCCCAUAAAAAAAAAUGUUAAACUACAUCACCACUAGUCAAUUAUUGCUUUUGCCUUGUCACUGUUCAUAACCAAGAUUAAAGAAACAUAAAACUCGUUUGUGCUUUUCAUGCUAGAUCCAAGUAGUAUUAAGUAAUCAGAAUUUUUGGAUGGCUUUUCCAUUGAUGUACAAAUACUAGAAGGGUUAGCAGCCUUUCCUAAUAUUUGUUUUGCUUUACAAAGGUGAUAGAAAGUCUUCCUGGAAAAAAGAGAACAUGGAUUCAGCUUAGAUUGUCCAUUUGACAAUACUGAGGGCAUAGUAAAGGAGGAGGGAGACAAACUGUGAAAAUUACUUUUGUCUACUCGUUUUGCUUUAAUAAAGCCUGCCUAAAUACUCAAAAUUUAUGGGCAUAAUUUAUGAUGUAUAGAUGGAAGAUUUUAGGUUGCCAACUGAAAUUUAUAUAAUGUCUAUAAAUGGUCAAUUUUCUACUGUAAUAUUCAUUAAUAAGUAUAAGAAACACCAUCUUGAUUGAUCAUUUGCUACUGAGUCUCAAGUAAGUAGUUUCACAGAAACUGCAUUUUUCAGAAAAUUUGCUUAUUUCAUUCUUUGUAUUUGUGAAUCCUAUUCUGAUGUUGUUGCUUGAAUAGAAUUGCAGGCAGUGGUGGUAUUCAUGGUUAAAGAUCCAUAGAGCAUCAUGACAACCCCAUGAACUUUAUCUGGGGCCAUUGUGAGCCCUAGAAUGAUGUGGUUCUUGGUGUCACUGCAGUGCCAAUCUAGAGACAGAACAGGGAUCCCAGUGAAAGUCCAAGAAAAGGCAAGCAAUGAUAAGUAGCAUUUUGAUGGAAGGAAAAUUUCACAAACCCUAUUAUCAAUUUUUGUCUUAUUAUAUUCCAUAUUAUAAUGAUAAAUUUUCAAAUAUAAAAAUAGACAAUGAAGGUAGAGAUGAUGGAUAUAUUGGGAAACAUUUUCGUGUUUUAUGUAGGACAGAAGAGAAGUACUAAGGACACAAAAGGAAAGACAGCAUAAGACCAUCACAACUGUUCACCAUCUUGUCAAUACUGUACAGGUGCAGCUACCAUUGUAUCAUAGAAAUGACAGAAUGAUGUUCUUACCAUGUUGAAAAGUAGUGUAUUCGGCAUAGGAGACUUACUAUUUAAAUGUAAAUUUUUUUGUAUAUAUUUUCAGUAAGAAGGCCAAAUAUAAUAAUGACAUCAGAAUAUUUAAAGACUUAAAUUAUUUCAUUUAGCUAUUGAAUUUAGUUAUUGGUAGCUAUACAACUAUAAACACAAGUGCUAAAUAGAUUUUAAGCAAAUAGUUUUGUAGUACAAUUUGUUUUUUAAAUGUUUUCAGAUUUUUAAAAUCAUAACUUAUAAGUCUUGCAUUUAAGUCUGGAAAACAUUUUACAUGAGUGUAUAAAAUAAACAUGUUAGUUGUGGAAACACUGCAGUUCAUCAAAAAACAUAAGCUAAAAAAGACAUAUUACACAAUUUUAAAUUUCUUGAAAUGUGUUUAUUACCCAGUAAUUAGUUGAGUUUCUUGAGUGUAGCCUAACAAUAAAAUCAGUGUAUCUGCAUGUUUGUAUUGUUGACCAGCUUAAAAAUUUUUUACUAACUGUAUCUUUUGAGUUCUGAGUUCUGUUACAUCUUGGCUAAUAAUGUGAGCUAAGUAAGGUAGUCUGAUCUUCAACUCAAUUAAAAUAUUGUACUAUAUAUGCAAGGGUAAAGACAACAUUUCAUUUGCUUUGUUUGUGGAAAAGCCCUUUGAGACUCACAGUAUUUGAAAAUAUAUACAUAUGUAUCAGACCAGGCUAGAACUAAAAGUUAAAAACCUCUGAGUUCUAAAACAUGCAGUUCACAGGAUUUUAAGUAAAGGUUAUUUCAUUUUUUUAAUUAAUUUAAAGCCAAUGUUGAAUAUCAUUUAAUUAAAUUCCAAACUAAAAAAGACAUAUUGAUGUAAUCUAUUAAUACUAUGUUUUCGGUUCAAGUCCAAUUUAUAUUAUAAUAUGCUUUAUUAAAAGUUGACAAAUUAUGUUACAAUAGUGACAUAUUUGCAUAAUUUGAAAGUAGUGUCUAUUUGUAAAGUUGAAUUAAAUGUGUGCUUUUUAGAAACACUUUUGCUGAAAAGAUUUUUUUUAUAAAAAUGAUACAUUUAAUUGGAAAAUUGGCAUUUUUUUGCAAUUUUGUUUUUAAAAUUUGUAUUUAAUACAGGAAUGAGUAUUAAUUGUUUGAAGUUUACAUUUGUCUCUCUAUACUAGUGUAGUCAAUUUCAAGAACUGGUUCAAAAAAGUCUCAAGAUAAGCUAAAAAUUACUUAUUUAAAAUAUACUUUAUAUAUCUGCCAAAUGGUCCAUUUGUUUUUGGACUCUAAGAGAAUGAAUGAAUGUCAUGCCUACUAUUCUGUGAGAAGCAGAUAUGAGGAAAAAAUAUUUUCCUUCAUAAAAGAAAUAUCUCAUGAUACAACUUAUAUCCUGGAUUGUUUCACUGAUAACUAUACAGGAAUUAAAUAGAAUGAUUAUGUAUCCAGUUUCACCUACUUUUUUUCAUAACUGUUAUUUAUAUAGGCUUUGGUGUUUACUAAGACAAAGAAAAUUAGAGAAUUGAGGCCGCUAUACAGAAAAAUCUUAAAUUUCAUUUUGUCCCUCAAUUACAUGAUACUUAGGGAGAGAGAGUGUAUCCUGUGGUGGAAAAGAACUUUGGAGUAAGACUGGAAAAUCUAAUUCUGAGUACAGAUAGUGUUGUGAACUAUGACAAUGGACCUGUCACACAGCUUGCGUGGUCUUCAGUUGUCUCAUCCACAAAAAGGGCUAGAUUUAGAUUCACGUAAGGCCUUUCUACCUCUUUAGGAUUCCAUUUCAAGGAAAGCCUUUUUUUUUUGGUCUGAAUUCUACUCGUCAUUUCAUGUAAAGAUGGUGUGCUAAUUGAUAUCACAGUAAGACGGAAGCUUUUACAUAGUAUUCGCAUUUUGUCUUGGUAUCAAACAAGAAAAUGGUCUUUAAGAUUUUUACUUAAAUUCUUAAAGCAUGAAACACAUGAAAAUAUUUGUUACAUUUUCACACUUCACUUUUUAUUUGAAGCUUUGUAGAGAAAAAAGCCCCAAAAGAAUGAUUUAUUAAUUCAUUCUAAUGUGUUAUUAUGGGAGGACAUGUAUGUGUAUAUCUGUAUAAUAAAUUUGAAGCCCUCAAACCAUACAUCUAUCUUCAUAAGCAUUUUAGUGGAAUGAGGCCAGACCAUAAUGCUAUUCAAAGUUGAUAUUCAUGAGUGUAGUGGAUAAAGAAUGAAUAUGAACACUUGGCCUCUAAAAAUGUUUACUCCUUGUAUAAAUAUUUAUGCUAUUAAGUUCAAUUAUAAUAUUUGGAAGAGCAGGAAAAUUACUGUGUUUUUUUUUUUUCCAUUCUGUUAAAAGGAGCAUUAAUAGUCUAGGAUAUUUAAUUCUUUUAAAAUGGUUUAGUCUUUUAAAAUAUCCAGUUCACUGUUUGGCACAUAGUAGGUGCUCAAAAUAUUUAUUAAUUUUGUGAAAGCAAUGAUAUCCUUUUAGGACAUAUGUUAAUAUAAAUUUUACAUUUUUUCAUAAUUUUUAAAAGUCACUAUUAUAUAAAAUGAUUGUUGCACUGCAUAUAUUUAAGCUUAAAUUAAUGUUAACAUAAAUUUUAUUAUUAAAUUUGUUUACUAGUAGUGCAGUUAUUCUUUGCCAAGAAGAAAAAUACAUUCUCUCUAUUUGAUAUAACUUUUAAAUAAUAGAAAAAUCCAUGAGAACAUUGCUUUCAAGCUGGUAUUCUUUUUGAAACUCCAAGUAGCUGUUUAAUCUACUAUUGAAAUAGAAUAAUUUUACUCCAUGUGAAUGUUACCUAAGGUAUUUUAUUUAACAUUUAUUGUAUAAAUAUUUUUAAGAAUUUAUAAAGUUUUAAAAAGUAAUCAAUAGAAAUGCACUUUAUGCAAUAUAAUAGUUACUGUGAUAGAUAUGCUUUUAAAGCUAAAGAUCUGUGUAAUUUUUUUAUUUUUUAAAAUUAUUUACUAGGAAAGCAGACUAAGUUACAAUUUUAUUUUAAAGGUGUGACUCUGGGAUGUUCCAUGUAUAGUAAAUAUAAGUUGACUUUUUAUUCCCAAAAUAAUACAUCCAUUUUAUGUAUUUAAAUACAUAAAAUUAAAAUAAUAUGGUUUAUCAGCUAUUGCUUUAUUCAGAUAGUUUGCAUGCCAUCCAUUCUCAGUUUAAGUAUGGGUAUAAAACACUAUGUCUAUUUAAAACUUUGAUUCUGAUUGGUGUGCUGAAUGGAAGCAAGCAUAAAAAGAAUAGAGAUUUGAAGAGAAAAAAUCAAAACAUAAAAAUUUUGAGAAUAAGUUCCAUAAAAAUUCUACAAAGUUUUCAAAAGUAAUUGCCUUCAAAUAUAUACCUGGGGGUAGGAAUGUGAGAUUUGGAAAUCAUUUAUUCAUACUUUUAUUAUAAUAUCUCAUGUUCCUUUCUGUUGUUGGAUGUAGUUGUCUAUAAAACAGCUUUGAGAUUUCUUUAAUAUUAUAUAUUAAAACAGAGUCAAAAUAACGAGAUUCUUUACCACAAAUGGGUUUCUGUUAGUUGUGGAUGCUAUGUUUAUUAAAAAUAGUGAGUGAUGGUAAACUUUUGAGGCGAUUUCACAUUUACAUCUGGCGAUUUGUGUAGAUAACAAUUGAAUUUGACAAGAGACAAGGGACAAUGAUAGCAAGUAACAAUACUAAUGAUGUGGACUGGAGUGAAGAAUGUGCAGAUUUUGGUGAUAUAGUAAAGUAUCAGCAAUGAAAUUCCUGGUGGCUGGUACCAGUACACCUUGAAAAACUAUCAAUUUCAGGAAACUUUAGAAGAGAGCUUGUUCCUUAUAUGGUACCCUUUACCCUGUUGUGAUGGGUGGUGUUCAAUAUUGAUUUUAUAUAGUUUAUCUGUGUAGAAAGAUUCUUUCAUAGUAUGAGUGACAACUGUAUCCAAAAGUUCUUGCUUUCAAAGUCAUGCUCUGAUAUAGAACUGUGAAUCAAUUAAAAUAGAAAUAAUCUCUGAGUAAAAUAAGCUUAGCUUAUCUCUAGAAAAUUGAGAAAGGCAAGAAAUCUGAAUGUUUCUCAAAUCAAAAGAAAGAACAUCAGUCUGAAAAGGCAGAUUUCUAAACAUCCAGCUUAGGGAGACAUGGCUUAAAAGAGACAGACUUUUUAUCAAUUUGUCUAUUAGAAAAGAUACGUGUGAUACUUGAAUUUAUGCCAGAAGUAAAGUAAUCUAGGAGGAUUGUUAAGAUAGUAUUUCCUGAUGUAAAGUAUUGAUACUAAGAGUUUAGUGUUUCCCAUUCACUGUAAUUGAUUUACAUUUUAGAGGGGAAGGCUAUUUGUUAGUUAAACAUGAUAAAGAUAGAGAAGAUUGACAUGUUUGUCCUUGUCUAACUUGGCCUUUAUUUCCAAAUACAUAACAUUUCCACUUGAUAAUUUGUUUGCUUUUAAUAUGAUUAUUUUCCAUCCCUAUAUCCACAUGGAAUACAAAGUUUCAAAAGUCUUUGCUAAGCUCAUAGUAAAUUCAUAUGAUAUUUAGCUGUCAUUAUAAAUUUCUAUUUCAGAUCUAGUUCUUUGGUAUGUAAUACAACCUCCAUGUUUCCCAUAUGAAGUCCUGGCAACAGAGAGAAUCCAAAUAACUUCUCAAUGGACACCCAGAUAAUAUUUGGAACCCAUUUUAUAUGUCCUCGUUGGGUGUUUUCUUUCUAAUGUAGCAUAUUAAAACUCACUAAGUGUUGAAGUUUUUCUCACAACAUUAUUCUUCCUAUUGUCUAACAAUAGUUCUUGUAUUUUUCAUACUAUUCAGUGAUAUUUUUCCCCAAUUAAACUUUUCAAAAACUCUUGUAUCGUAUAUAUAGAUGUGAAUAUAUCAACAGAUUCCAAAGGUCUCUAGUAUGCUUGUACUAAGGAUUUUUUAAAUCUUGGAAAAUUUUAUAGGCUAUAUUAAUAUAGAAACAGAAAUGAAUCAUAAUUAAAGGAAUAACUUGAUCUUUUACCCUAGUUGAAAAUAUUUUAGUAAAACAAGGGAAAUGUUCAUCACAAUUACAUCAACUCAAUUUAAUAAGCUUCCAAAUGCAAAUGUUGACUAAAGGGUUGAAUACAAAAAAUAUUUGUCAUGCAGUAUGCUCAAUGAAAAAUUUAAAGUAAUUACUAAAUAGCAGUGACCCCAUGAUGUUCUCAUACCAAAUAAUGGAAACAAAAUCACAUUUUAAGAUACAAUUUAAAAUUAUAUUUACUUUUACUUCACUUUUUAAAUGUUCAAAGCUACCUUGUUGAAUAAAGAAGGACAGAUCAGCUCUUGGAUUAGAACAGAAUCAAAGUAAAAUUCUCAGUUUUACAAAACCCUUGUCCACUUCUGUUGUGAUCUUUAUAUCUUUAUGAAAAUUGCCUGGUGAUCUGCCUCUGACACAUUUGGGUUACUCGUAAUGCUAACCAUUCAGGGUGUGAGAAGGAGAUUUUUCACUGUGGGUUCACCCAACUUAUCAAUCAUGAAGCAUACUCCUUAUACAUACGUUGCUUAACAACAAGAAUACAUUCUGAGAAACACAUCCUUAGGCAAUUUUGUCAUUGUCAAAACAACAUAAAAUGUACUUACAGAAACCUACAUGGUAUAGGCUACUACAAACCUAGGCUGUAUAGCAGUCUACUCCUCCUAGGCUAGAAACCUGUACAGCAUGUUACUAUACUGAAUAAUAUAGCCCAUUGUAACACAAUGGUAAGUAUUUAUGUAUCUAAAUACAUCUAAAUAUAGAAAAGGUAUAGUAAGAAUAUGUAUUACAAGUUUAUGGGGCCACCAUUGUAUAUGCAGCCUGUCACUGAUAGAUACACCUUUAUGUGCCAAAUCAGCACUCUGUCACAGCAGUGAGGGUUCACUAGAAAAAAUGGUGUAACUAUCUUUGUUUUAAAUUCAUCAAGACAGAAAGUUGACAUCCUUUUGAUCAUUUAAUCUCCAUCAAAAGGUUUUCGUAUUUUAUUAAUUAUAAACAAUAACUGUAAAUAACUAUGUUUAUUCUUUUUCUCAAGUUUUUUAAAAAGAUUGUAGAUAAAAUCCCAAGAUAGGUAGGUAAACAGGCAGACAGAUAGAUUGGCUUUUUAAAAUCUAUUUUGGUGCUCAAAUGAAAAUAAUCCAGUGGAAAAAGUGGCCCUGAGAAGCCACACAUAAAAUAAUAAAUAUUUUGUCCAAAGAAAAAUGUUUUAUGGAUUCACAUUAUUUGGUCAAGAACAGAAUGCUUUAAAAUGUGUAAAGGAUAGAUUUUAAUCCUCAUACCAGCUAAUUAAGCUUCUUCUGUACAACAUACAGUUUUAAGUUAAUAGUAAUUAAUAUAGCCAGCUUGGAACCUCAGGAAGCUAAAGCCAGAAAGUGCUUUUUGGUUCACUUGAGAGGAUGUGGUUUGAUUGCUGGCGCCAGUAAACAGGUUGGGAAUUGUCAACAUUGUAAUUAGCAGCAAGUUUCUGGAUUCUCUGCCUGCCAGACUAGUGGGCUGAUGCUUGGAGCAGUUGCCCCAGUGGGGAGAGGGAAAAACAAAGGAAGGGAAUUUGAGCAACCUUGGUAAGCUCUGUCAGCAUAUGCCACUGGACCAAUGUUUUUCUUGGCAAAGGUCUAUUUUAAGACAUCUAGCAGUGGUUUCUACAAAAUAUGAAACUCACCAUAGCAACCAAAAUGGCAAGCGUCUCUAGGAACCUUUCCUUGAUUGGGUAUCAGGUCAAACUGUGUUCAGCGUGAUAUUGCCUUAUGUGCAGUGUGCUCUGUACCAUGCAACAUGUGGUUAUUAACAAUACGAUUAAAAGGGUUAAAAUCUGUUUUGGCAGCAAUCCUUAAAUAUUCUGCCUCUGCUGAAAAGCCUUCAAAGAAUAAGGUUAUGGAAACCUUAUUAACCCUUUGUGUAGUACAAAUAGAAAGGAAAUGUCAACCUUAAUUCUACCAACCAUCCAAUCUUCACUGCUUACUUAAAUGAUAAUUUCAAUCUAGUUUUCUUAAUUCCAAGCCAUGUGAUUGUUAUGGAGAAAGGCUGUCAUAGAUCUUAAAACCAUAUUUGCAGUGACUGUAAGAUGAGGAAAUCAGUAAAGUUUAUAAGUAAUUUAUAAUCCAACUGAACAAAAUUAGACUAUCUUUUUAAACCAACUUAAUAAAAGCUCAUAUUAUAUAUAUAGACACACAUGUAAAAUUUUACUAUCUUAGAGUAUGAUCUAAAAUAUACAACAUACAUGCUCUUAGUAGUCACAGGAUAAAUACUAACCCACCUAUUUUGUUGCAAAAGCACGAUAACAAACCCUUUUGCUAUGUUUUUAAAGCAGCUCUGUAAUAAACGAAUUUUUCUUUCUAGUCAAAAAAAAAAAAAGGUCAGGGUUGCUGAGCAUUGCUAAAAUACACACGUUGAUUUCUUCAAAAUAAGUGGUUGGAGUCAUAUCACAGAUAUUCUUACUGUCACUCUCUAUCUUUGCCAAAAUGUGAGGAGGAGUUUCAAAAAGAUAAACAGGAUACAGAAAGACAAACAAAAUAGCUUUCUUUACUGUUUAAAGAAGUCCUCAAAGGGAUCAAUGUGCUAUAUUAAGCAGUUGCCACGUGGUGAUUUCUGCAGGUGGAUUAUCAAAAGUGCACAAAAAUGGCUGUGUAGAUCUGGCACCCAGGUGUCUGGUGUAGCAUUUAGCGGACUCUUUUGUGGGGAGAAGGAUUACUCAUUUGUUGGAGAGAGUUCAGUUCUCUAAUCCUCCUCCACAACAGAAUCCAUGUUGGAGUGAACAAGCAACACGAUUCUUAUCCACUCUCUCUAGACUCUGAGGAAUGCUCCACAAUUAUUUAUUAUUUUCACUGGAAUUAGAUGCCUACAGGUGGCCCCAUAAUGUGCCUCCAGGCAUACAACCUGCUGUAAAUUUUUGAGUUACAUUAACUCAGCAGUAUGUUGUCUUAUAACGACAGUUCAUUCAGUUUAUGGGGACAGGGAAGGAAGCAGAAAGGCAGUCUUUCGUGUUAAGCAUCAUUACAGUUCUUUCCCUGUUCUUUCUUUGAAGUUGGUAAAGGAUAUUUGGCAGAAGCAACACUCCUGGAGUGCUGGUGUGUUGGUGUGGGCUAUGUCUCCUGAUAGAUUCAGAAAGGAGGUCACAGCCUCCAGGCCUCUGUAUCAUAUCCCAGGGACAGAUGUGUUCAUGGGUGUCAGUAUUGAAAACAGAGGCAAAGCAGUAGGACUUUUUCUUUUUUCAUUCUUUUUUUCUCUAUUUCCCUUUCUUUUUGUCCCUCCCUCCCUCGCUUCCUCUCUCUCUUCCCUCUUUUUCUCCCUUUCUUUCUUUCUUUCUUUCUUGGGUCUUUAAGUGACUUCUAUUACUCAAGUGUUUUGUCAUUAGUGGUCUUUCAUACUAUGUCAAAAAAAAUUAGUUUAGUUUUGUUGAGAUAUUUGGGCUCAUGAUGCUAUUGCAAUUUCACCCCAUCACACACAUUCUAUAUUCUGCAAUUGUUUUCUUCCUGAGUGUAGGGGUUACCCUCAGUGAGAGAAGGAGGGAACCGCUUCAUAACUUUUUGGUCAUUGAGUUUUAUGCCCAAACUUUCUUUGUAAUGAUGCAGUUGCCACUGAUGGAUGCAGUUAAUUCCCUUACAUAUUUUGAGGUACAAUUCUCAGAGCAGAUGAAAAAACAAAGAUAAUAUCUGAAUUAAUGUACUUUAGGAGUAGAAAUUAGUAGAAACAUUUUCAGCGGCAAGACACAAGUCUAUGUAAGCCUCAGAAGUCCUAGUACUGGGUUAUAAAGCUCCUUCUUACAGCAAUAAACAGAGUAAAAUCUGUUUCCGACCAAUCUAUUCUCAUUAUAGCUUUAGCUUAUAUUACACGUAACAAUCAUGAUGUGUAUUUUAAAUAUAUAUUUUAUGUAUACAAAGUCAUAUCUAAAUUAUUAAAAAGUACACAAAACUUUUUUAAAUGUUAAAACAUUUUUAUUGAAAUUCCUGUAUCACAGACAUAGGCAAACUUAGUAGCCUAAGGCCAUUUGGACACUUGCAAAGUUAUCUGCCUUAAUAUACGUACACCUAGACCAACCCAUCUUUCAUUUUAUAGCAAGGCAUGAACUUGCUGAGAAAAAACAGCUUGUAUAUUUAAAAGAACUAGGAUGUCUUUCAGAAUAAAUCAUUAAAUAUCCAUUAUGCACGUACUAUUUAUGAAGUUUGUGUUCAGGUCUGUCAACAUUUUUUUAAAUACCUACUAUGCACCUGGUAUUCUUCUAACUGCUGGGGCUACCAAGGAAUAAUGAACAGACCUUGCCCUUGAAGCCUCCAUGAUGUACAAGACCUCUUACAAUUCAGACUGUUAGAGACUUUGUGGGGAAGUCAAAAAAAUGUAAAGCAGAAUCCUCCUUUCAAGGAGCUGACUAGGAUGUGGUUAAUAUUAAAUAUUAAACUGUAUGAAAGUGGUUGUUUCUACAAGCCCUUACUAUUGUCCCUUCACCAGAAAAUACUUACAUGUCACAGAUAUAAUUGUAAGUCCUUUCUAGAAAUGGAUUUGCCUUCUCUUUUUUCCUUUCCCUUAAAGUAUAGAAAGUCUUUCAGAACUGAGUAGACUAAGGAAGCACCAGUUUGGAAAAGGAUAACAUACAUACUUUUUCACUUCAAAGCAAUAGUUACUGUAUAACCAAUUCUAAGUUAUAUUACACCAUUUGUAAUGACACAUAAUUAUAUUAUCCCAGGACAAAUUAUUCCUGUAUCCAUAGUUUUCAGAAAAUAUGAUUUAGAUAUUAUAAAAUGAUAGUGCUUACAUGUAAUUCCCAAAUUCAUUAAUAUUAGAUUUGAGAGUCAAUAAAUGUCCUUUGAGAACACGAUGAUAGAAAUUACUGAACACACUAUGCUAUACUUCAGAAAGUGGUUCUUAAAAUGGGGCCUUCUUAAUAGUAGCCUGAGUGACACCUGGGAACUUGUUAAAAAUGCCUGUUCUCAGACCACCUAACAGGCCCACUGAAUAAAAAACUCUGAACCCUAAUCUGAGUUUUAAUGAGCCCAAUUCUGAUGCCUGCUAGAAUCUGAGAACCAUUGCUUCCUACUGAUUUUUUAAAAAUCACAAAGUCAGAUUCUAUGCAACACUGACCCAACACUGACCCAAUUUAGGCUCUCUUGUAAAUUUAAAGUUGCAAGUUAUCAUUACUAAUGAAACCAGAUAUUUUAAAUUAAAAAUUAUGACUUUACUUCUCUGGCAAAUUCUACAUUUGUGAAAUAUUUUAAUCCUCCCGAAGAUUAAACUUCAGCUUAAUUUUAUAAAAGGAAUACAAUAUUGAAUAAGAUCUUUAGAUUUUAUGUGUGUGUGUGUGUGUGUGUGUGUGUGCUAUUGUCUCAUGGAUUAUUAUUAAAGUUUUUUCAUUCAUCUUUAAAUUCCCAUGGAAGAAAAUUGUCCUGACAAAAUUAUUUGAGCACUUACAAAUUGUUCUAGUAUUACAAUAACAUAAAAUAAGUUUCCUAAUAUCUGUAUUGGAACUGUAUUUAAUAAGAAUUUACUUAGAACAUAGGUGAUUAUAUAAUAGUAAAAAUGAAUGUUAUUGGUUAAGCAGUUAGAUUAUAUAGGUUCUCAUUAUGACAACUGAAAAUUGUUUUACAGAACUACAAUAUGUUCUUACUUCAAACCACAGCUUUUUAUUGAAGCUUUCAUAAAAACAUUAGAAAUUCAAAGGCUGGACUGUUUAAAAUGCAGCUCUAAAAUUUAGUGAAUCGUUUCUUGUUUACUGCUUUAAAUUAAAAUAGAAAAGAACAACUGUUAAGGCCAUAUCAUUCUGGAUUGUAAGACCCAGACUAGUCCUAUGACCCUAAAAUGUUGGCUUUGUGUUUAGCAAAAAAAAUAUCAAGCCACCUUGAAUUCAACACCAAAAUAACUGGCUGACAAUGUCAAUGGGCUUUUUCUCAGUCCAAAGUCUUCUUUACAUUAAUGAAAUAUCUUGUUUGCUUAUGUCAAUGCAUAUACAUUACAGGAUGCCAGGAUAUAUAACAAAGAAUUAAUAAUAUUUUUUAGUAAAAGUGCAGCUUUGGGGGGAGUUUCUCUUUGUUUGAAUCCCCCCUCCCUCCGUGUCUGUAUGGAGGAGCUGUUUUCUUCUUCCUUUCUUCUUUCUUGCCUGUUAAACUUGUUACUUAAAAAAAAAAAAAAAAGGAAAAGUGCAGCUUUUACUAACAUGGGAACACAAAA